AUGUCCCAGGCUGCCAAUGUCGCCCACGCGACCGGUCGCGUCAACUCAUUCGCCAAGCGUGACCCGUCCCUCUACCCCUUGAGCGUCAUUGUCGCUCUUGCUCUCGGAUGCGCAGGAUACUUCUUCGCUACCAAGGCCACCGGCGCCGACGAUGCCAGCCGCGCACUUCAGAUGCACGGCUUGGUCACUCCCUGGGACGAGACGAACAAGCUCGACACCCACCCUAGCAAAGUCGCAGAGUUCAAGUACCGCCACAAGACCAGAGCGGGACACUACGAGGACUCGCUCCCCACCCUCUCCACGGAGACUAUCAAGCUGAAGGACGGUGCUGAGCACAAGUUCAAGGCCUCGGCCUAG